AGCCAGCUCCUGCCUCUCCAGCUGCUCCUAAACUCCCCCAGCAAUCACCUCCUGCCGGGCCAUGUCAAGCUGUGACCGGAUCGGAGUGGCCCCUGCCAUGGACAUGCCUGAGGUCCUCAAGUCCCUGCUGGAGCACUCCCUGCCUUGGCCAGAGAAGAGGACAGAUAAGGAAAAGGGGAAGGAAAAGCUGGAGGAAGAUGAGGCCGCAGCAGCCAGCACCAUGGCUGUGUCAGCCUCCCUGAUGCCACCCAUCUGGGACAAGACCAUCCCGUAUGAUGGCGAGUCUUUCCACCUGGAGUACAUGGACCUGGACGAGUUCCUGCUGGAGAACGGCAUCCCCGCCAGCCCCACCCACCUGGCCCAGAACCUGCUGCUGCCCGUGGCUGAGCUUGAAGGGAAGGAGUCAGCCAGCUCUUCCACGGCAUCCCCACCAUCUUCUUCCACUGCUGUCUUUCAUCCCUCGGAAACUGUGUCCAGCACAGAAUCCUCCCUGGAAAAGGAAAGGGAGACUCCCAGUCCCAUCGACCCCAACUGCGUGGAGGUAGAUGUGAACUUCAACCCCGACCCUGCUGACCUGGUCCUCUCCAGUGUGCCAGGCGGAGAGCUGUUCAACCCUCGGAAGCACAAGUUUGCAGAGGAGGACCUGAAGCCCCAGCCCAUGAUCAAAAAGGCCAAGAAGGUCUUUGUCCCUGACGAGCAAAAGGAUGAAAAGUACUGGACGAGACGCAAGAAGAACAACGUGGCAGCCAAGCGGUCCCGGGACGCCCGGCGCCUGAAGGAGAACCAGAUCACCAUCCGGGCGGCCUUCCUGGAGAAGGAGAACACAGCCCUGCGGACGGAGGUGGCAGAGUUGCGCAAGGAGGUGGGCAAGUGUAAGGCCAUCGUGUGCAAGUACGAGACCAAGUACGGGCCCUUGUAGCCCGCACCCGCCCGGGCGGCGCUGCCUCGCCCCUGACCUCUGCCUGCGGCCCCUGAACCCACCCUCACGUGGAGACUGAGGACCCAUCGUGGGCACCUGGCGGGGCCCCUACUCCAGGAGCCUUCACGUUCAAGCUUCAUUAUCACACGGCUAGCGCGGCGACUUCCUGGGGGCCAGCCUGCUCCCCGGUGGGACGCGAGAGAAUCAGCGGAGAGUCAGCCUUAGUCUCUGUCCUUGGCUGUCCCAGUUGGACUGGAAGAGCACGGCUCUUCUUUCCAAGGGCACCCAGGCUUCCCUGCCUGUCUCUGUCUCCAGCCUGGGCCGUCCAGGCCUAUCUGCAGAAGGAGUCCUGAUAGCUGUUGCCCUUCCAUCUUCUCAGGUAGCAGGGUGCACUUCCAGGCAGGGUAUGUCUGUCUUCCGCCUCUCCCUCCCCAGAAAGUCCUAGAGAGAAACAUCCAUUCCCAUCUUCCUCGGAGGUAGAAAGACACACCAGCUCCUCUGAGUGUCCGCGUGGGUGCCGGGCCCAGCAGCGGGGUCUCCGCACAUCCUGGGCUGGGUUUGGAUCUGGGCCUGCAGCAGAAGUGCACCCGACCCCUUUUCUCUGUGGCUCUGAGGCCUGGAAGCCUGGAGGAGGCCCUGGCGAGGGGCUCUCUCUGCUUUCCAUCCGCUGUGGGGGAGACACUCCCAGGGCGAUGGUCUCAGGGCCCUGCUCGCCACGUACAUGUCCUCUUCUCCAGGUCACUUGUGGAGGCCGCCUAAGUCUUGUUUGACCCACCCGACUGGGCCUCUGGGCCUGCUGUUUCUUUUCACCCAGUGACCAACCUUGGAUCUUGGAUUUACAAGGAAAAGCCUCCUCGUCUAGGGGUUUAACUUCCUGGAGCCAGGGUGCACCUUCCAUGUGGUGUUCAGGAAACCCACCUCCACGGCCCCUCACUCGGCAGGUGGAGAGCUGGGCAUGUCUCCCGAGAAGCUCCAGUUCUUUCUUGCUCUGCUCUCCUGUGUGGGUUAGGCCCCAUCGCCUUCCCUGAGAAGCAGAAGAGGGCUUCCUGGUUCUUGCUUCAGGAUCCACCCCCGUGCGAGCGGCCUGGAGGGCGUCCGCCAGGCAGGACAUCUGGUCACCUGGUCGCAGCACAGCUCUAUGGAAUAGCAGGCUCUUGGGACAUUUUUACGGGCCAGAGUCCCUUCGACCCAGGUCCCAGGAGUCAUGAGCCACCCACACAAGUCUGGCCGAGGUGUGUGGAGGAUCCUCUCAGCUGUGGCUUCACGACCUCACAGCUGCUCCUUUGUCUCGUGUCUGGCUGGACUCAUCCUUUGGCUCCACUCGGAAGAUUAACUGAGGAAAUCUGUGGAACCCUCUGCUCCUUGUGGUCAGCUGGGGCACCUGGAGAUGGGUGUAUUUAUGCUCAGGGCGGCGGCCUGUGGUAAAGAGGGGUCAGAGGUGACGGGCCACUUUGUCAUGUUCACCACUGGCUUUAUUUAAAGUGGUGGCUCCAAGUCCCGGGCCUUGACUGACCCCUAAAGACUUUUCAUAACGGAUGUUAAGAGCAGGGGAAGCCAUCCACUGGCUGUGGACCACACCCCGGGGGAAUGCCAUGGCCCUCCAGGGACCUGCAUACCCACCUCUCCAGGGGACUUGACAAGGGUCCCUGAGGCCAAGGGAGGUCAGCCUCCUCCCUGCAGGCCCAUGACUUUUCCUUUGUGGUUCUCUGGAAACCAUGAUCACACUUUUCACUCUGUUGUAACCACAACAGGGCAGUUGCAUCCGGCAUGUCAGUGUCCUGCCCUGGGCAGCUCGCCCGCCCGGGCACUCUCCCUCUGGUCUGGCCACCCACCAAGAGGGCACUUCUCAUUUUCUUAUUGGUAGAAGAGCUGUCAGCUUAAAAGCUCUUCAUUUUCUUUGGCCAGAAAGUGUAUGGUUUGUGUUUUUUCAGUUUUUUUUUUGUAAAGGAUGGACAUUUAAUCUCUGGAUGGCGUCCACUUUCCGACCCCAGCGGGUGGGAUGAUGGCCUGAUGUCUCUCUUCUUUGUCCCACCUUCUGCCUGUCCAGUGCCCCUCCCCCUCCACCAGGCAGUGGGUGUCUGGUUCCUUCCCAAAGUGCUUGUUUGGAAAGAGUGUGGCUGCUGGCCUCUUUUAGAAGAGCCCCUUUGAGUCAGGAGCCUGGCAGGGACAGGAAGGAGAUAUCCAUAGAGGCUGACAUUUGGAGGGAAAGGGUGCUCAGGUAAGUGUCUCCUUCCCAGGCCUAAGCGUCAAGUCCUUGCAGGAGGAGAGGGUGGUGCCUACUCAGUUUCCAUUGUGGAAUUGGGAGUCUCUUUGACUCCCUCCUGGGCCCUCUCCGUCUUGGAGCUGACAGCCAGCUCCUGUGCUCAGAUCUUUGACAUCCUCUAAAAAGCACUGGAGGCUAGAGACGCCAACGUAAAUGGCUUUCUAUGGGUUCUCAGUGGGCUGGGAAGCGCCGUCCCUUCUUAAACGCCCUGUCUUCAGCCUCAUUGCAAACUCAGAACAGACAAAUCAUGAAUGAGCUAGAAUGUUGCAAGAAUAUACAUAUAAUAAAUGUAUAUCUAGAUAUAGAAGUAUAUAUAUUUAGAGAGCUUUCACAAUGGCCAGCAGCCUUGUGGCGGACCUUGGUAACUCUUGCCCUUGGCCAAAGGAAGGGGUUUGCCUGUCUGGGUCCUAAGGUUGGGGAAGGCACCUAGCAGUGAACCUUGACCCUGGGUAAGUAUCACCCUGGUGAGGGGACCUGCUGUGGGCCCAUUUGUGCUGGGCAGCUCUCCAUCCAGGGCCCUGGGAGCUCUGCUCCCCAUAACAAAGGGCUGAGAGCCCCUGGUUUUCCUGGCAAAGCCCCAGCCCAGAGCUCCUUUAACAUCUGUUAAUUAAGUGCAAUAAAUUUUUCUAGAAAAUGGCAAAGAUGACUUCCAGGUGGAUAUUGCUAUCUUACAGUGUUGGGGAUGCCAGAACACCACUUGGUUUUAUUUUUCUAAGUGCAUGUGAUGUGAUAGAGUGUGUGGGGCUCUUUGUCCUCCCCUGGGAGCUGGCAUUCCAGUGGGCCCCUCUCUCCUUUACCUUUGUUGGGGAAGGAGGCAAGGAGAAAACCCCUUCUUCCCAGCUGGAGAGGGCGGAAGCAGACUGUAGCCCAUUGGCCUUAUGUGCGUGUGUGCGUGCGCGUGUGCCACUGCUCGUGGGCCGGAGUGACGUGGGAGGGAAGCCGGGAAUGUAUCCUUUUCAAACAGAAUUAAAUAUUUUGAGAUGAGAA